UCACCCACCUCAGUGCGCACCCCGCUAUGGCCAGUCUGCUCCGCGCUGCAGCGACCUGGGGGCUGUUCCCCUGGAGGGGCUACUGCUCCAGGGGAACGCAGGGCGAGCUCAGCAAAGGCUUUGUGGAGGCUCUGAAGGCAGUUGUGGGGAGCCCGCACGUGUCCACCGCUGCCGCCGACCGUGAGCAGCAUGGGCACGAUGAGUCCAUGCACAGGUGCCAGCCUCCAGGUGCUGUGGUGUGGCCGCAGAAUGUGGAACAGGUCAGCCGGCUGGCAGCCCUGUGCUACAGCCAAGGAGUGCCCAUUAUCCCGUUUGGCACUGGCACCGGGCUUGAGGGUGGAGUCUGUGCCGUGCAGGGCGGUGUCUGCAUCAACCUGACCCACAUGGACCGCAUCCUGAAGCUGGAUCCGGAGGACUUCUGUGUGGUGGUGGAGCCGGGCGUCACCCGCAAAACUCUCAACACCUACCUGCGGGACAGUGGCCUCUGGUUUCCUGUGGACCCAGGCGCAGACGCCUCGCUCUGCGGCAUGGUGGCCACGGCAGCCUCCGGCACCAAUGCUGUGCGCUAUGGCACGAUGCGGGACAACGUGCUCAACCUGGAGGUGGUGCUGCCUGGCGGCCGGCUGCUUCACACCGCCGGCGCCGGCCGGCACUUCCGGAAGAGUGCAGCUGGCUACAACCUCACGGGGCUCUUUGUGGGCUCUGAAGGGACACUAGGACUCAUCACAGCUGCCACCCUGCGCCUGCACCCUGCCCCCGAGGCCUCGGUGGCCGCCACCUGUGCAUUUCCCAGCGUCCAGGCGGCCGUGGACACCACUGUUCACAUCCUCCAGGCUGCACUGCCUCUGGCCCGCAUCGAGUUUCUGGAUGAAGUCAUGAUGGAUGCCUGCAACAGGCACAGCCGGCUGACCUGCUCCGUGGCGCCCACACUCUUCCUCGAGUUCCACGGAUCUGAGCGGGCACUGGCUGAGCAGAUAGAGCGGGCAGAGGAGAUCAGCCAGCACAACGGAGCCUCCCACUUCUUCUGGGCCAAGGAGGCCGAGGAGCGCAGCCGGCUCUGGGCGGCACGGCAUAACGCCUGGUACGCCGCUCUGGCCCUGCGGCCGGGCUGCAAGGGCUAUUCCACUGACGUGUGUGUGCCCAUCUCCCGGCUGCCAGAGAUCCUGGUGCAGACCAAGGAGGACCUGAAGGCCUCGGGACUCACAGGAGCCAUUGUUGGACACGUGGGCGAUGGCAAUUUCCACUGCAUCCUGCUGGUGGACCCAGAGGAUGCCGAGGAGUUGCGUCGGGUCAAGGCCUUUGGAGAACAUCUGGGCAGGCGGGCACUGGCACUCCACGGGACAUGUACUGGGGAACACGGUAUUGGGCUGGGCAAGCGGCAGCUGCUACAGGAGGAGGUGGGCGCCGUGGGCAUGGAGACCAUGCGGCAGCUGAAGGCCACGCUGGAUCCCCGAGGCCUCAUGAACCCAGGCAAGGUGCUGUGAGGGGCUCCAAGCCCUUGGCCCAGCAGCCCCCAGACAGUGGAAACCUCCUGUUCUGGAACCUUCCUUCUCGUCACGGAACAGUUCUGUCUUGGCCCAGACCUGCAGGGGUCCUUGCCUGCCUUCCCCUUGGUCAGAGCCUGCCCGCUGCCGGGGGCCAGGGGCAAGGCCUCAGGGACUGAGCUCUCUUAGCCCUACUCCGCCUGCCUGGUGACAGGCACAUGCUUUCCUGGUGUAGGUGUCCUCGGACCCCUGAAAUAAACUAGAACCCCAUUUGCAGCAGUCUGGACAUGAGCAGACAGUGCCUGUGAACGCCCUCCUGUGCCUGCCCUCCCUACCCCUCCUUCAGGUUCUCUGACCUUUGUUCUUGUCCCUCGUCCCUCGUCCCUCGUCCCCUGCCUGUCCUCUGACUUACUGCAGCCUGGGAGGGGAUGGUGCUUAGGCUACUGAAAGUCGCUUCCUGGGACCCAGGUCCCUGACCCAUCUGCUGCUGGUGAGAAGACCAGUGCCUGAGGAUGACAUCAUGGCCCGUGGCCGACAUCCCUCACGACAGGCCACCCACCUGAGCCUGGACUGGGCCUAAGAACAUUCUGAACAUGUUCUCCAAGUGGCUGUUGCCAAUCAGUGGAAAUGGAAGUGAAAUUUUUCUCCUUGUGUUAUACUGCUCCAUGCUGUGAUGUAUCAGGUUACUAGCUUUUCCCCUCC